CACUUUUGAAAGUUGGACUUGGGUACUUUUGAAAAUUAAUUAAGCAUAAAUGCUUUAAAUGGCUGUCCUCAAGUGUGUAAUAUGUAGACAAUUCCAAUUUAGAAGUCACCUAUAUUCGUUUCUAAAUAGGGCAGUGUGACACCUGUUGAUGCACACAAGAUAGAAGAUGACAUCAAGAAAAUAAUGCUUUCUGACUUGCAAAAUCUAGGGCUCAAAAAAGAUAUGGAAAUACAGGGUACAGUCACAGAAUUCAGGAACCCAAGUGAAUUUUACAUACAGGUCUAUUCUUCAGAAGUUGUAGAAUAUAUCAGCAAACUUACUGUGAAACUGAAAGAUUGUUAUGCAAAUAUUGUUAACCAAGAGGAAUAUAUUCCUAUCAAAGGGGAAGUUUGUGUUGCAAAAUAUUCUCUGGAUCAGACCUGGAACAGAGUACUGGUAAAAAAGGUGGAUAUCUUACAGAAGAAAGCACAAGUGUUAUAUAUCGAUUAUGGCAAUGGAGAAAAUGCUCCACUAGAUUGGAUUAAACCACUCCACAAAGACAUUGAACUGUUUCCUCCCUGUGUGAGUAUUUCUUUUUAACUUCUAACAGCUAGUUGGGUGAGCAAAAGUUGUAUUUAAAAUGAACAGUUGUCAAUUAAAUCACUGUUUCUAGUGGCAUGCUAUAAUUGCA